AUGGCUACUCAGGACAGCACCACCGUCGCCGCCUGGUCCGACAGCCACGAGGCUGCCACCAUGGAAGAUGCCCGUGAGCGUCGUCGUCGGGCUCUGGCGGAGAUUGACAACGCCAAGUUCGGCUGGCACCAUGUGCGUGCGGUCAUCGUUGCUGGCGUGGGUUUCUUCACCGAUUCGUAUGAUAUCUUCGCCAUCAACCUGGCCUCGAGCAUGCUCGGGGUAGUCUUCUGGCAGCAUGCCAAGGGCAAGAUUCCUUCAACAGCGGAUACUGCCAUCAAGGUGUCCACGUCGGGGGGUACGGUGAUCGGACAGCUCUUUUUCGGCUGGCUUGCGGAUCGCAUUGGUCGCAAGCGCAUGUAUGGAAUCGAACUUAUGAUUAUCAUCAUGGCUACGCUUGCGCAGGCGCUGUCCUCGGACUCGCGGGCUAUCUCUAUUGUCGGUAUUCUUAUCUUUUGGCGUGUGAUUAUGGGUAUUGGUAUUGGUGGUGACUAUCCUCUGUCUUCUAUCAUCACUUCUGAGUUCGCUACGACAAAGUGGAGAGGCGCAAUGAUGGGCUCCGUCUUUGCCAUGCAGGGCUUUGGUCAGUUCGGAGCGGCCAUCAUUGCGCUGAUCGUGACGGCCGGUUUCAAGGAAUCCCUCGAGACUGCUAGUUCUGUGGGCAACUGUUCCGGCGUCUGUCAGCUCGCUGUCGACAAGAUGUGGCGGGUGGUCAUUGGCUUUGGCGCUGUUCCUGCCUGCAUUGCCCUCUACUACCGUCUCACAAUCCCUGAAACCCCCCGGUACACCUUCGAUGUGGCGCGCGAUAUCGUCAAGGCCGAUGAAGAUGUCCGGGCCUACAUUGCCGGCAAGCACGAAGGCCACCCCGACGAGAUGCGCCGCCAGCACGUCCUCCAGAGCCACACCGGCGACAGGCCCAAGGCGAGCUGGGCGGACUUCUGGCGCCACUACUCGCAGUGGAAGAAUGGCAAGGUUCUGCUGGGUACUGCUGGGUCUUGGUUCUUUCUUGAUGUUGCCUUCUACGGUCUCGGUCUGAACAACUCCAUCAUCCUCAGCGCAAUCGGCUGGAGCGGCGGCAAGAACGUCUACGAGGUGUUCUACAAGAACGCCGUGGGCAACCUCAUCCUCAUCUGCGCUGGUGCGAUCCCCGGCUACUGGGUGACGGUGGCUACAGUCGAUACAAUUGGCCGUAAGCCGAUCCAACUGGCAGGGUUUAUUAUCCUCACCAUCCUGUUCAUUAUUAUCGGCUUUGCCUACGAGCCUCUGAAGAAUUCCAACAACGGCCUGCUCGGUCUCUAUGUCAUUGCACAGUUCUUCUUCAACUUCGGGCCCAACGCGACGACCUUUAUGGUCCCGGGCGAGUGCUUCCCGACGCGGUAUCGGUCGACCUCGCACGGAAUGUCCGCGGCGUCAGGCAAGGUGGGCGCCAUCAUUGCGCAGUGUGUGUUCGGACCGUUGGUGCACAAGGGCUCCAAAGACUCGUCGAAGUCGCCGUGGCUCAACCACGUCAUGCAGAUCUUUGCGCUCUUCAUGCUGUGCGGCUGCUUUACCACGCUGCUGAUUCCGGAGACGAAGCGCAAGACUUUGGAGGAGCUGUCUGGGGAGGAGUCGGACGCUGAUACGCUGGUGACCCCGUCUCCGAUGAUCAUGGCAAAGCAGGAGAGUCCGGUCUGA